UUUCAGUCUAUAAAUAUGGUAUCAAGGCUGGGUAGAGGCCAUCACAAAAGCAAUCACAAACCAGAGAAGUUCUUUUGCCGUGUAGAUAUGGAAGCCAAGGCGUGCAACAAGGGUUUCUGUAGCAAUUAUUUGCUAUUGAACCCUAAGCAAGCUACUUUCAUUGAUAUCUUCCGCCUCUUGUUUUCUAGUGAUUUAAAGAACAGAAAAUUUAUUGAUAGCUCUCAUGAGACACAGGAGAAUAUCUGGUACAGGUUGCUUAUAUUCGUCUCCAUACUGGUACAAUAUCUUCUGCAACUGGUAUCGAAGCCAUUGGCAUGGAUAGGGUCAUCUAUCGAGACUUUGAUCAACCUUCUGUCAAGUAAUGAUGGCUUCUUUGGUCUGAUAAUGAAUAUCAUACGAGGGAAGGUUGUGAUUCCAGACAGAAACUCGGCAACAUUUACUUCUUUUAUUGGAAAUGGGGACUUGAGAAUGGAGCUAGACAUUAAAAUCAAACAUGGAGACAGCAAGUACUAUCCAGCACUAGCGAUGAUGGCAUCUAAAGCAGCCUAUAAUAAUAGAGGUUACACCGAAACUAUUGUAGAGGAUCAUUGGGAGAUGGAGCACUUGGGAUUUUUUGAUUAUUGGAAUGAUUACAUGGAAAAAGCUACAACACAAGCCUUCUUGUUUCGAGAUCGAAGUGGUGAUCAUGACACUAUCGUUGUUACAUUUAGAGGAACUGAACCGUUUAAUGCAGAUGAUUGGUGUUCGGACUUUGAUAUCUCUUGGUACGAGAUCCCGGACGUUGGAAAGAUUCAUAGCGGUUUCAUGAAAGCCUUAGGGUUGCAGAAAAAUUUAGGUUGGCCUAAGAAAGUCGUGCCAGAGACAAACAGCAAACAAGCAUUAGCCUACUAUCACCUCAGGGAAACGUUGAGAGACCUUUUGAACAAAAAUGAUGGAGCAAAAUUUAUAGUGACAGGUCACAGUUUGGGUGGGGCGCUAGCAAUUCUGUUUCCAGCAGUUUUGUUUUUCCAUGAUGAGAAAUUGCUGCUGGAGAGAUUGGAAGGAGUGUAUACUUUCGGGCAACCAAGAGUAGGAGAUGAGAUGUUUGGGAAUUUCAUGGAAAAGAAUUUGAAGCGGCAUGGAAUUCAAUAUUUCAGAUUCGUUUACUGUAACGAUAUAGUGCCAAGGGUUCCUUUCGAUAACAAAAAUCUUUUGUUCAAGCACUUUGGUAGCUACGUCUACUACAACAGGCGCUACGAAGGAGAGGUUGUUGAGGAAGAACCAAACAAGAACUACUUCUCGAUUUGGAGCGUGUUUCCCAUGACGCUAAAUGCUGUGCAAGAGCUGAUAAGAAGUUUCACUAUAGUCAAGAAGGAGGGACCGGAUUACAGAGAAGGGUGGCUGACAGUUUUUUUUAGAAUAAUUGGACUGGUGGUCCCUGGUGUACCAGCUCAUUUACCCCAGGAUUAUGUUAACUCCACCCGCCUUGGAUCUCCAGAUGCUUUUCUUCCCCAGCGCAGAAAAAACCAGUGAUGAUGUGAACUUGUUCCUCCAUAAUUAAUAAGGCCUGAUUUUUUAAAAUAUUUUAUUUGAAACCCACAUGGUCCUGAUAUAUAUAUUCAUAUACUCCUUGAGAAAUUUUGUAAUAUUUUAUUCUCCCAUUCAUAUACUAUAUGGGUUGAGUUUAUAUAA